CACCAUAUCUCUUCCUCUCUCUCUCUUGUUCUGUUCCUCACGAAACCCUCACCACCGCCGCCGCCCCCCCCCUCCCCCGUCGCCGGCCGGAACUACUCUUCUGCGUACAGAUCCAGCCUUCCCAGGCCUUGUCCCUCCGAUUCCCUUACUCGCCGCCACCGUUCCCGCCGUAAGGGAGGAGCAGCGACCCCAUGGGAAGGAGCAGCGCACCCCCACGCCAUUGACGGCCGAGACGCUCUCCCGAGCAGGAGCAGCAUCCCGGCGACCGAGCCCCCUCCCCCAAACCUCAACUGAGCUGCUGAAUGGCUGCUGAAUAGAGUGUUGAAAACACUCGGAUUAUCUCCGAGUUGUUUGCUGAGCAAGUGAAAGCCGGAAAUAGGCCAGGCAAUUAUCUGACACCAAAUGCGUUUGAUGAGUGUGGAAAGCAAUUUAAGAUGAGAACUGGGCUGGACUACACAUAUACGCAAUUGAAAAACAAAUGGGACAAGCUUAAAGGUGAUUUCAGCCUAUUCAAGAAACUCAAGUUCCGGGAGACCGGAGCCGGAUGGGACUAUGUGAACAACACCGUGUCACAAGAUGACGAGUGGUGGAAAAAGGCUAAAAUUAACAUUAGAGGUUGUGGCAAGUUCAAGAAGAAAGGACUUGCUAAUGCAGAAAACUUGCGGGUUAUAUUUGGAGAUAUCACAAGUGAUGGUACUGACCAUUGGAAUCCCUCUUCUGGCAUACCUCCCCACUCUAGUGCGGCGGUGAAAGCCGCCAUCCAUAUUGAUGACAUCGAAGAUCUUGAUUUGGAUGAUACCGGAGAAGAAGCAUCUCAAGCAACACCUACUUCAUCUAAAGUGAGGCUUGGGAUCAUCAUUCCGGAGAAGAACAAGAAACCAAAGACCGCACAAGUGAUGUGUGACCAAGUUACAAGAAUUGGUGACAUUGCCGAGGCUUCUCACUCUUCAUUUCAGUCUUUCAUGAAGCAAGAUGAGGCAAACUGUGUGAACUCGGUCAUGGAUGAAGUCAUUGCUUGUGGUGCAACAGUCGGUACCGAUGAGUUCUUCAUGGCUAGCGAGUUGUUUGUGAAGAGGGCUCAAAGGGAGAUGUUUCUUUACAUUCCUCUUGAGUCCCGGAAGAGUUGGUUGCGCAGGAAGUAUGACUUGAAGUAUGGGAACUAGUUUACAUGUCUACCAUUCCAUCUAUGUGUGAUGGCCGGUUAUCUUUUAUGUUGAACUUGAAACUAGUGCUUGGUACCAUUUCAUCAUUUAUGUUGUUGAACCUAUUGUGAGCUAUUUAUGAAUGCAUUUUGUGGAACCAUCUUUUAUGUCCAUGUUGUUGAACCUACUAUUUGCUUUUUAUGAAUGCAUUGUGGAACCAUCUUUUAUGUUCA